UACUCUAUGCCGUAUACCGAUACCGAUGUUCCACAAUAUCACGAUUUAAGAUAUAUCUUAAAUCGUGCACAAUAUACAGAUAGAUAAACUUUUCUAUAUAUCGGUUUAAUGCUAGAUGGCGUCAGUCAGUUGUAGUUCACAGUUGAUUUGGAGACUCGGUUUGUUCUGUGGUUUGAUGGUCUAAAAAAUGCUAAUGCAUAUCAUACGCCGAUGUUCAUUCUGUAUAGUCUGUAGUUGUUCUAUAUGGUAUAGUGUAUAAUCUUAAAUCGUKUUKUUGAUUAACAGCGAUAACCGAUAAGUCGAUAGUCAAUAUUCGAUAAGACACACUACACUGUCUAGUGUCUACAAACUAUGACAGUCAAGAGCAAAUACACUCAAAUUAAUACAUUUAUAACAUCGAACCGUUUCGGUUCUUACAUUCUGAAUGAAGUCGAAUUCUCUCUCAAACACUACUGAUUCAUAUUCAGUGAAAUGUAAAAUGUAUGAACAUACACAUAUUCGAUUUUCGAAGAAGUGCUAAAAUUCAUUUUUCAGUGAUGACUUGAUUAGCUGUUGUCUUGUAAUAUGGGUGGUAAUGUGUCACAACUAGAAAGAGAUAUUGGAUCAGAUCAGUUUCCUCCAAAUGAGCAUUAUUUUGGUUUAGUUAAUUUUGGAAAUACAUGCUACAGUAAUUCAGUUCUUCAAGCUCUUUAUUUUUGUAAACCUUUUCGAGACAAAGUAUUAGAAUACAAAGCUCGCAAUAAGAGAAAUAAAGAAACAUUGCUUACAUGUUUAGCUGAUCUAUUUCAUAGUAUUGCAACUCAAAAAAAAAAAGUUGGAUCUAUUGCCCCAAAAAAAUUUAUAAAUAGACUUAGAAAAGAAAAAGAAGAAUUCAAUAACUAUAUGCAACAAGAUGCUCAUGAAUUUUUAAAUUUCCUUAUUAAUCAUAUUAAUGAAAUUAUUCUUUCUGAACGUAACCAAGCAAAUUGUAAUGGUAAAUCUAAAUCAAUUACACCUAAUAUUGCUGAUGGAGAAUCAACUUCUAGCAGCAUCACUAGCUCAAGUAGUCAAAAUCAAGAUCCAACUUGGGUACAUGAAAUAUUUCAAGGAAUACUAACGAGUGAAACUAGAUGUUUAAACUGUGAAGAAGUCAGCAGUAAAGAUGAAGACUUUUUUGACCUCCAAGUAGAUAUAGAUCAAAAUACUAGUAUAACACAUUGUUUACGUUGUUUUAGCAAUACAGAAAUGCUUUGUAGUGAUAAUAAAUUUAAGUGUGACAAUUGCUGUAGCUAUCAAGAAGCCCAGAAAUGUAUGCGGGUCAAAAAAUUACCUAUGAUAUUGGCAUUGCAUUUGAAAAGAUUCAAAUACAUGGAACAAUUUAAUAGGCAUAUUAAAGUAUCUCAUAGAGUUGUUUUUCCUUUAGAACUUAGAUUAUUUAAUACGUCUGAUGACGCUGUUAAUCCAGAUAGAAUGUACAAUCUUGUAGCUGUAGUUAUACAUUGUGGCAGUGGUCCAAAUAGAGGUCAUUACAUUAGCAUAGUUAAAAGCCAUGAUUUUUGGCUUCUGUUUGAUGAUGAUAUGGUUGAUAAAAUUGAUCAAUCUGCUAUUGAAGAUUUCUAUGGUCUCACGUCAGAUUUACAGAAAUCAUCAGAAACUGGUUAUAUACUUUUUUAUCAAUCUAGAGAUGCUGCUGAAAUAUCAAAAUCUGGAAACCAUUAUUUUGGAAGUUAUAGCCUUCCAAAGUUUGUGAUUUUACGUUUAUGCGCUUGUGCGCAACGUUACUUGACUGCCACGCGAAGCACCUCGCGCCUAUAAGAAAUUUUAAUAUUUUUUCUUACGUAUUUUAACAAGUAAGAAGAAGAACCAUUAGUCGGUCAYCUACCUGCGAAGAUAAUUGCUUUUUAACAACAUUGUUUAAUUCCGAGGCCUACCUAAGGUGGUUUUACACAGCAAAUCGAGGGAUAUUUUCGAUUUGCGGAGCGGAGCGACGGCGCCGAGUGCCGCUA